AUGGACAACUGGAAAGCCUUCACCCAGAAGGUCUCGGCCAACGUCACGCCCCUCGGCGCCAACAUAUCGCGCGGCUUUGGCAACCUCAACCAGCAGGCAAAGGAGCGCUUCGGCGCCGUCGAUGCCGACGACAUCACCGAGCUCCCGCAGGAGUACAAGGAUCUCGAGCGCCGCGUCGACGCGCUCAAGCUGGCGCACAACAACCUGCUCAAGAUCACGCGUGCCUACGAGUCCGAGGGCUACGACUACCCGACGCAGGUGCAAGAGUCGAUCGGGCAGCUGUCGCAGCAGAUCGGCCACAGCGUCACGUCCUGGGCUGCGUCGGCGACCAAGGGUGUGCCUCAGCUGCCCACGGUCCAGGCCACCUCUGCGCCGCCCGAGGUGCACCGCACCCUCUCCCACGCCCUCUCGCGCGGCGCCGCCUCGGGCGCGCUGGAGCUCGGCGCCAGCCCGACGAACAUCGCUGGCCUGCCGACGAGCCCGACGACGGGUGCGGCGGGCGCGGGCCAGGAAGAGGGCAAGCUGGGAGAGGCACUGCAGAAGUUUGCCCUGGCGCAGGACCGCGUCGGAAAUGCCCGCCUGGCGCAGGACGAUGCGAUCCGCGAGGGAUUCCUGAGCCCGUGGCAGGGCUUUGGCGCGCAGAUUGCUGUGGCUACUAAGGCGCGCCAGGCUGUGCGCGAUGCACGGCUGCACCUCGACUCGUGGCGCCAGACGCUCAAGGCUUCGGAGGCCAGCGGCAACUCUGCCAAGCUGGAUGCGCAGCGCCAGGAGGUGGAGCAGGCCGAGGACAAGCUCGUCGAGGCCACAGAGGCGGCCAUCGCAUCGCAAAAGGCGGUCCUGGAGAACCCCGAGGGCAUCAAGUCGCUCGCUGCCUUUGUCAAAGCCCAGAGCGAAUACCACGCGGCCGCCGCCGAGGUGCUGGCGCAGGCCAGCUCGGAGCUCGCCAGCCUGGGCAUGUCGGCCGAGUCGGACUACCGGGCCACGCGCGCUUGAAGCGCUCGCAGUUUCGGCGUUUGUCCAGCCACCCAGACCCACGCGCAGGCACGCUUCUCGAGAGAGAUGCCAGAGAUCUCGUGACCGCGCGUUUGUUCCUCGAUACACCCGUUCCCAUUCCCCGCACGAGCCUCGCUUCUUCGUGCCCGCCCAUCUCUACGCCCCCCGUGAGAAAACGAAAGCGCCUUUGCCUUCUUCCCGAUGCGAGAGCACCAAGCACACGUUGCGAAGGGUGAUCAUUAGACGGAGAGCGGGACAUGGGUUAGCUGAGGACAUUAGAGAGGAGAGGAGAUGUCGAGUUGCGACAAAGAAAGUCCAG